CCAAGGAAGGUCUGUCAAACAUUGGGCUUUUUUCGGUCAUGCCUAAACGCAGCGCAUAUGGUACCUGCCACUCGGAUACGAGAUAUCCAGAAAGAUUGGAGGGUGGUGUCUGUUUUUUCCCCUUCCCCAAACCCAAAACCCAACAUGAGAGAUGCCUUCAGUGGAUUAAACUAUGUGGGAGACCGCAUAGUCAGCUCAACCCAACGAAAACAAAUAAAAAUACCUACAUCUGCUCCAAGCAUUUCGUAAAUGGGAGACCAACUCCGGAUUAUCCAAAUCCCGUCAGCAUAGCAACACCAGGCCAAACCAGAGACCUUGGAGGCUGCAGAAAGCCCCCAGCUAAACGAUGGAAAAGUGAUGGUCAGUCCUCCAUCUCCCUCACUACUGAUGAAGAAGAAGAGAACAAUGCUAGUGACAAAGAGAAUCUUCAGAGUCCAGAGUCUGAACACCAGGAUACCCUGGAACAACAAGAACAAUUGGAGAGAGUGAAGAAGUUAGAGGAAGAGAAUGAAAAGUUAAGGGAGAAAUUGGAUUUAAAAGAAAAAGAGAUUGUAAGGUUGACAGUACACGUACACACACUCCGAAACAAGAUGGUAACACCUGAACUGCUACAAGACAAUCAUAGUCCUAAAAUGUUCCAAAACAGCACUGGUUUUACAUAUGACCGCUUUAAUCAGUUAAUUAAGCCCUAUUUGGCAUUCCAAAAGAUCCUCUGUGCAGUCUACCGAAAAGUCCCAUAG